GAGCUGAGCCCGAGCGCCCCGUCCCCCCCCCCCCGUCGCCGCCGUCCCCUCCUCCUCCUUCCCCCUCAGCAAAAUGGCGGCGCGUGGAGCCACUGGGAGCCAGUGAGUGACUCGGCUUCUCCUCCCCGCCGCCGCCGCCGCCGCCACAGGCUCAUUUGCAUUGAUCAGCCGCCCCAUCCCCCCCUCCCCGAUCCCAGACCGGCCCCGGCCUCUCCCCCCUCUCCCUGCCCGUCCCUGCCCUGCCCUGCCCUUCCCUUCCCGCCCCCUCCCUCCCCUCCCCCCGGCUGACCCCCGCCCCGGCCCCCAUCAAUCAUCAAUCAGCAGCACCGAGCGGAUCAAUCAAUGGUCGGGAGGAGGCGGCGGCGGCGGCUGCUGCUGUUAAUGAACAAUGUGUGAGAGCUGCGCCGAGCUGCUGGAGGUGUUAAAUGAGAUAUCUGACAUUGAAGGUGCUGAUGGGUUGCAGCUCAGAAAGGAACAUGCGCUCAAGAUAUUUGCUUACAUCAAUUCCUGGACACAAAGACAAUGUCUGUGCUGCUUCAAGGAGUAUAAACAUUUGGAGAUCUUUAACCAAGUAGUAUGUGCGCUUAUUAACUUAGUGAUUGCCCAAGUUCAAGCUCUGCGGGACCAGCUCUGUAAACAUUGCACUAUUAAUAUAGAUUCAACAUGGCAAGAUCAGAGUAAUCAUGCUGAUGAGCCCUUGAAUGUAGAAAGAGAGUCUCAUGAAGAAGAAAAUGGAGAACGGCAAAAAUCUAUAGAGAAAAAAUUAGAUUCUGCAAGAACUUGUGUCCUGACAGAGGAGGAGUCUGCAAAGAACACUGAUGCUUUUAGCUUAUGGAGCACUGAUGAGAAGGAAAAGUUGUUGCUGUGUGUGGCAAAAAUCUUUCAGAUUCAGUUUCCUCUGUACACUGCUUAUAAGCAUAAUACUCAUCCCACAAUAGAGGAUAUUUCUGCUCAAGAAAGCAAUAUACUAGGGGCAUUCUGUGACAUGAAUGAUGUAGAAGUACCAUUGCACUUGCUUCGCUAUGUUUGUCUGUUUUGUGGAAAAAAUGGCCUUUCCCUCAUGAAGGAUUGUUUUGAAUACGGAACCCCUGAGACACUGCCAUUUCUUAUAGCACAUGCAUUUAUCACAGUGGUAUCUAAUAUCAGAAUAUGGCUACACAUCCCUGCUGUCAUGCAGCACAUUAUACCCUUUAGGACAUAUGUUAUCAGGUAUUUAUGUAAACUGUCAGACCAGGAGUUGAGACAGAGUGCAGCCCGGAACAUGGCAGAUUUAAUGUGGAGUACAGUUAAAGAACCAUUGGAUACAGCCUUGUGUUUUGAUAAAGAAAGUCUUGAUCUUGCAUUUAAAUACUUUAUGUCUCCAACUCUAACAAUGCGAUUGGCUGGGCUGAGUCAAAUAACAAAUCAACUUCAUACCUUCAAUGAUGUGUGUAAUAAUGAGUCAUUAGUUUCAGACACAGAAACGUCAAUUGCAAAAGAGCUUGCAGACUGGCUUAUCAGCAACAAUGUAGUUGAGCACAUUUUUGGACCAAAUUUACAUAUUGAGAUCAUCAAACAGUGCCAAGUGAUUCUGAAUUUUCUCGCAGCUGAAGGGAGACUCAGUACUCAACAUAUAGACUGUAUUUGGGCUGCAGCACAGCUGAAGCAUUGCAGUCGUUACAUCCAUGAUUUAUUUCCUUCAUUGAUCAAAAAUUUGGACCCUGUCCCGCUUAGGCAUCUUCUUAACCUAGUUUCAACUCUUCAUCCAAGUGCUCACACUGAACAGACAUUGUAUUUGGCAUCAAUGCUUAUCAAAGCACUGUGGAAUAAUGCACUAGCAGCUAAGGCUCAGCUGUCAAAACAAAGCUCUUUUGCAUCUUUACUCAGUACUAAUCUACCAAUGGGAAACAAAAAAGAAGAAGAAGAGCUCAGAAGAGCAGCCCCUUCACCUUGGUCACCAGCAGCUAGCCCUCAGAGUAGUGACAACAGUGACACCCAUCAGAGUGGAGGCAGUGAUAUUGAAAUGGAAGAACAGCUUAUUAACAGAACAAAACAUGUACAGCAGCGACUUUCAGAUACAGAGGAGUCCAUGCAAGGAAGCUCUGAUGAGACAGCAAACAGUGGUGAAGAUGGCAGUAGUGGUCCUGGUAGUAGCAGUGGCCACAGUGAUGGAUCCAGUAAUGAGGCCAACUCUAGUCAUGCAAGCCAGUCUGCUGGAAGUCCUGGCAGUGAAGUGCAAUCUGAAGACAUUGCCGAUAUUGAAGCUCUCAAAGAGGAGGAAGAUGAAGAGGAAGAAGAUAGGAGUCAUAAUCCCCAAAAAAGCAGUAGGAGCACAGAUCUACGGAACAGGAAACUGGAAUCACAAACAGGCAUUUGUCUGGGAGAUUCACAAGGGGCAUCAGAGAGGAGUGGUGCAAAUAAUGGGGCAGGAAAGGACCAUGUUUUUAAUACUGACUCUGUGACACCAGUGGAUAAUCGAAUUAGAAUGCUAGAUGCCUGUUCCCAUGCUGAGGAUGCAGAGCAUGACAUGGCAGGGGAAAUGAGCACUGCUCACAUUUCACAAGGGUCUCAAGAUUCUUGUAUAACUCAUACAGGGGACUUUCUGGGGGAAGCUAUUGGAAAUGAAUUAUUUAACUGUCGGCAAUUCAUUGGUCCACAGCAUCACCACCACCACCACCACCACCACCAUCACCAUGAUGGACAUAUGGUUGAUGACAUGUUAAGUGCAGAUGAUGUCAGUUGCAGUAGUUCUCAAGUCAGUGCAAAAUCAGAGAAAAAUAUGGCAGAUUUUGAUGGGGAAGAGUCUGGCUGUGAAGAAGAGCUUGUACAGAUUAAUUCACAUGCUGAGCUAACAUCCCAUCUCCAGCAGCAUCUUCCUAACCUUGCCUCUAUCUAUCAUGAACAUCUUACUCAAGGACCAGCAGUUCAUAAACAUCAAUAUAAUAGCAAUGCGGUGACGGACAUUAAUUUGGAUAAUGUUUGUAAGAAAGGAAGUACCCUUUUGUGGGAUCUGGUCCAGGAUGAAGAUGCAAUUCAUCUCUCUGAAGGGUUAAUAAAUGAAGCAGAGAAGCUGCUUUGUUCUUUAGUAUGCUGGUUCACUGACAGACAGAUUCGAAUGAGAUUUAUUGAAGGCUGCUUAGAAAAUUUAGCAAACAACAGAUCAGUAGUAGUUUCACUUCGUCUUCUUCCAAAGUUAUUUGGUACAUUUCAACAGUUUGGGAGCAGUUACGACACACAUUGGAUAACAAUGUGGGCAGAAAAGGAACUUAACAUGAUGAAACUUUUCUUUGAUAAUUUGGUACACUACAUCCAGGCAGUCAGGGAAGGACGACACAAACAUACGUUAUACAGCCACAGUGCAGAAGUUCAGGUUCGUCUUCAAUUCCUGACAUGCGUGUUUUCAACUCUAGGAUCACCAGAUCAUUUCAGGUUGAGUUUAGAACAAGUGGACAUAUUGUGGCACUGCUUAGUAGAAGAUUCCGAAUGUUAUGAUGAUGCACUACACUGGUUCUUGAAUCAAGUACGAAGUAAAGAUCAGCAUGCUAUGGGUAUGGAGACUUACAAGCAUCUUUUCUUGGAAAAGAUGCCACAGCUAAAACCUGAAACUAUUAGUAUGACUGGCCUAAACCUCUUCCAGCAUUUGUGUAAUUUGGCUCGACUGGCAACUAGUGCAUAUGAUGGUGGCUCAAACUCAGAGUUAUGUGGCAUGGACCAGUUCUGGGGUAUUGCUUUAAGAGCACAGUCGGGUGAUGUCAGUCGAGCAGCUAUCCAGUAUAUCAACUCUUAUUAUAUCAAUGGUAAAACUGGUCUUGAAAAAGAACAGGAGUUUAUUAGCAAGUGUAUGGAGAGUCUGAUGAUAGCUUCUAGUAAUCUUGAGCAAGAUUCUCACUCAAGUCUGACAAUUAUUGAAAGAGGACUCUUAAUGCUAAAGACGCACCUGGAAGCUUUUAGGAGAAGGUUUGCAUAUCAUCUGAGACAGUGGCAGAUUGAAGGUACUGGUAUCAGCAGUCACUUGAAAGCCCUGAGUGACAAACAGUCACUACCAUUAAGAAUUGUAUGUCAGCCAGCAGGACUUCCUGACAAGAUGACUAUAGAAAUGUAUCCCAGUGAUCAGGUGGCAGAUCUACGAGCAGAAGUCACCCAUUGGUACGAAAAUUUGCAGAAGGAGCAGAUAAAUCAACAAGCACAGCUUCAGGAGUUUGGCCAAAGCAGCCGCAAAGGGGAUUUCCCUGGUGGUCUCAUGGGACCUGUGAGAAUGAUUUCAUCUGGGCAUGAACUGACAACCGAUUAUGAUGAAAAAACGCUUCACGAAUUGGGUUUCAAGGAUAUGCAGAUGGUGUUUGUAUCCUUGGGAGCACCAAGGAGAGAACGUAAAGGUGAAGGCGUUCAGCUUCCAGCAUCUUGCCUACCUCCUCCUCAAAAGGACAACAUUCCAAUGCUUUUACUAUUGCAAGAACCUCAUCUUACCACCCUUUUUGAUUUGUUAGAGAUGCUUGCCUCUUUUAAACCUCCUUCUGGAGAAGUGGCUAUGGAAGAUAGUGAGAGUGCAAGAUGUGAAGAACUCCAUCUCCAUGCAGAAAACUUAUCCAGACGUGUUUGGGAACUGUUAAUGCUUCUACCAACGUGCCCUAAUAUGUUACAGGCAUUCCAAAAUAUUUCAGAUGAGCAGGGUAAUGAUGGCUUUAGCUGGAAGGAUCUUCUGCGAAUAAAAAGUGCCCAUAAACUUUUGUAUGCCCUGGAAAUUAUUGAAGCUCUGGGAAAGCCCAACAGAAGGAUAAGACGUGAAUCUACGGGAAGUUACAGUGAUCUUUACCCAGACUCAGAUGAUUCAAGUGAAGAUCAAAUAGAAAAUAGUAAAAACACAUGGAGCUGCAAGUUUGUUGCUGCUGGAGGGCUCCAACAAUUACUUGAAAUUUUUAAUUCUGGAAUCUUAGAGCCUAAAGAACAGGAAUCAUGGACUGUGUGGCAGCUGGACUGCCUUGCUUGUUUGCUGAAGCUGAUAUGCCAGUUUGCAGUUGAUCCUUCAGAUCUGGAUUUAGCUUACCACGAUGUCUUUGCUUGGUCUGGUGUAGCAGAGAGUCACAGAAAAAGAACAUGGCCAGGCAAAUCAAGGAAGACUGCAAGUGACCAUGUGAAGGGCCUUCAUAUACCUCGUUUAACAGAGGUGUUUCUUGUACUUGUCCAGGGAACCAGUUUGAUUCAGCGACUUAUGUCAGUUGCUUAUACAUAUGACAACUUGGCACCUAGGGUGUUGAAAGCUCAGUCUGAUCACAGAUCAAGACACGAAGUUACUCAUUAUUCAAUGUGGCUCUUGGUGAGUUGGGCUCACUGCUGUUCCUCGGUGAAAUCCAGUCUGGCAGACAGUGAUCAUUUGCAAGACUGGCUAAAGAAGCUUACCCUUCUUAUUCCGGAGACUGCUGUUCGCCAUGAGUCAUGCAAUGGUUUAUACAAGUUAUCUCUCUCUGGUCUCGAUGGGGGAGACUCAAUUAAUCGGUCCUUUCUGCUGCUGGCCGCAUCAACAUUAUUAAAAUUUCUUCCUGAUGCUCAAGCUCUGAAACCUAUCCGGAUGGAGGAUUAUGAAGAAGAACCAGUGCUACGACCAGGUUGUAAGGAAUAUUUUUGGUUGCUGUGCAAACUGAUUGAUAACAUACAUGUCAAAGAUGCAAGUCAGACCACACUCCUUGAUUUAGAUGCACUAGCAAGACAUCUUGCUGACUGCAUUCGGAGCAGAGAAAUCCUUGACCAUCAAGACGGUAAUAUAGAAGAUGAUGGACUUACAGGACUGCUGCGCCUUGCAACAAGUGUUAUUAAGCACAAACCACCUUUUAAAUUUUCUCGUGAAGGGCAGGAGUUUCUGAGAGACAUCUUCAAUCUUCUGUUCUUGCUGCCAAGUUUAAAAGAUAGACAGCAGCCAAAAUGCAAGUCACAUUCUUCAAGGGCUGCAGCAUAUGACUUGUUGGUAGAAAUGGUGAAGGGGUCCGUGGAAAACUACAGGCUGCUCCACAACUGGGUUAUGGCACAACAUAUGCAGUCUUCCCAUGCACCUUACAAGUGGGAUUAUUGGCCCCAUGAUGAUGUUCGAGCUGAAUGUAGAUUUGUGGGUCUGACUAAUCUUGGAGCAACUUGUUACUUGGCAUCCACUAUUCAGCAGCUCUAUAUGAUACCAGAGGCCAGACAAGCAAUCUUUACUGCAAAGUAUUCAGAAGAUAUGAAACACAAGACCACUCUACUAGAACUCCAGAAAAUGUUUACAUACUUAAUGGAAAGUGAAUGUAAGGCAUACAAUCCAAGGCCUUUCUGUAAAACCUAUACCAUGGAUAAGCAGCCACUGAACACUGGAGAGCAGAAAGAUAUGACUGAAUUCUUCACUGACCUGAUAACAAAAAUAGAAGAAAUGUCUCCUGAACUGAAAAAUACAGUGAAAAGUUUGUUUGGAGGUGUUAUUACAAACAAUGUUGUUUCUUUGGACUGUGAGCAUGUAAGUCAGACUGCUGAAGAGUUCUAUACAGUAAGGUGCCAGGUGGCAGAUAUGAAGAAUAUUUAUGAAUCUCUUGAUGAAGUAACUAUUAAAGAUACCUUGGAAGGUGAUAACAUGUAUACAUGUUCGCAUUGUGGGAAGAAAGUGCGGGCUGAAAAAAGGGCAUGUUUUAAGAAACUACCUCGUAUCUUAAGCUUCAACACAAUGAGAUAUACUUUCAAUAUGGUAACCAUGAUGAAGGAGAAGGUCAAUACUCAUUUUUCAUUCCCUCUGCGUUUGGAUAUGACACCUUACACUGAAGAUUUCCUCAUGGGAAAAAAUGACAGAAAAGAAGGUUUUAAGGAAGACGGUGAAUAUUUGAAAGAAACUGAGAGUUACGAGUAUGAUCUGAUAGGCGUAACGGUUCAUACAGGAACUGCAGAUGGUGGACAUUACUACAGCUUUAUCAGAGAUAUAGUCAAUCCCCAUGCUUACAAAAACAACAAAUGGUAUCUUUUCAAUGAUGCUGAAGUAAAACCAUUUGAUUCUGCCCAGCUUGCUUCAGAAUGUUUUGGUGGAGAAAUGACUACAAAAACAUAUGAUUCCGUUACUGAUAAAUUUAUGGACUUCUCCUUUGAAAAGACACACAGUGCUUACAUGCUGUUUUAUAAACGGAUGGAACCAGAGGAGGAAAAUGGCAAAGACUACAAAUUUGAUGUUUCAUCAGAAUUGCUGGAGUGGAUAUGGCAUGAUAACAUGCAGUUUCUUCAAGACAAGAACAUUUUUGAACAUACGUAUUUUGGGUUUAUGUGGCAGUUGUGUAGUAGCAUCCCAAGUACACUACCAGAUCCAAAAGCAGUUUCCCUGAUGACAGCAAAGUUAAGCACUUCCUUUGUGCUAGAGACAUUUAUUCAUUCAAAGGAAAAGCCUACAAUGCUUCAGUGGAUUGAACUGUUAACAAAACAGUUUAAUAACAGUCAGGCAGCUUGUGAAUGGUUUUUGGAUCGUAUGGCUGAUGAUGAUUGGUGGCCAAUGCAGAUUCUAAUAAAGUGUCCCAAUCAGAUUGUGAGACAGAUGUUCCAGCGCUUGUGUAUUCAUGUGAUACAGAGACUGAGGCCAGUGCAUGCACAUCUUUAUCUCCAGCCAGGAAUGGAAGACUGUUCGGAUGACAUGGAUGGUCCCGUGGAAGACAUCGGCAGUCGCUCUUGUGUAACACGUUUUGUGAAGACUCUCUUGUCAAUUAUGGAGCAUGGUGUUAAGCCUCACAGUAAACAUCUCACAGAAUACUUUGCCUUUCUUUAUGAAUUUGCCAAAAUGGGAGAAGAGGAAAGCCAGUUCUUGCUCUCACUGCAAGCCAUAUCAACAAUGGUCCAUUUCUACAUGGGAACUAAAGGACCUGAAAAUCCACAGGUUGAAGUACUUUCUGAGGAAGAAGGAGAGGAAGAGGAGGAAGAGGAAGAUAUACUUUCUUUAGCAGAAGAAAAAUACAGACCUGCUGCACUUGAAAAGAUGAUUGCCCUGAUUGCUCUUCUAGUUGAACAAUCUCGCUCAGAAAGGCAUUUGACUUUAUCACAGAAUGACAUGGCAGCAUUAACAGGAGGAAAGGGUUUUCCUUUUUUGUUUCAACAUAUCCGUGAUGGUAUCAACAUCAGGCAAACUUGCAAUCUCAUUUUCAGUUUGUGUCGGUACAAUAAUCGACUCGCAGAACAUAUUGUGUCCAUGCUUUUCACAUCUAUAGCAAAGUUGACUCCUGAGGCAGCCAAUCCUUUUUUCAAAUUGCUGACUAUGCUAAUGGAAUUUGCUGGUGGACCCCCAGGAAUGCCACCCUUUGCUUCUUACAUUCUGCAGAGGAUAUGGGAGGUCAUUGAAUACAACCCAUCUCAGUGUCUGGAUUGGCUGGCUGUGCAAACACCUCGAAAUAAACUCGCUCACAGCUGGGUGCUGCAAAACAUGGAAAACUGGGUUGAACGUUUUCUUCUGGCACAUAACUAUCCUAGAGUGAGAACUUCUGCAGCCUAUCUCUUGGUGUCGCUUAUUCCAAGCAAUUCCUUCCGUCAGAUGUUCCGAUCAACCCGUUCUUUGCACAUCCCUACACGCGAUCUGCCUCUCAGUCCCGAUACCACUGUAGUUCUGCAUCAAGUCUACAACGUGCUUCUUGGCCUUCUUUCAAGAGCUAAACUAUAUGUCGAUGCUGCUGUUCAUGGCACUACAAAACUUGUGCCCUACUUCAGUUUCAUGACAUACUGUUUGAUCUCAAAAACUGAGAAACUCAUGUUUUCUACGUACUUCAUGGACUUAUGGAACCUUUUCCAGCCUAAACUUUCUGAGCCAGCUAUAGCCACCAACCACAACAAACAGGCUUUGCUGUCCUUCUGGUACAACGUCUGUGUCGACUGUCCAGAGAAUGUACGCCUUAUUGUACAGAAUCCUGUGGUGACGAAGAACAUUGCCUUCAAUUACAUCCUUGCAGACCACGACGAUCAAGAUGUGGUGCUCUUUAACCGUGGGAUGCUGCCUGCCUACUACGGCAUCUUGCGCCUCUGCUGCGAGCAGUCAUCUGCAUUCACGAGGCAGUUAGCUUCUCAUCAGAAUAUCCAGUGGGCCUUUAAGAAUCUUACGCCACAUGCCAGCCAGUACCCAGGAGCAGUAGAAGAGCUGUUUAACCUCAUGCAACUGUUCGUAGCUCAGAGACCAGACAUGAGAGAAGAAGAGAUAGAAGACAUAAAGCAAUUUAAGAAAACAACCAUAAGCUGUUACCUGCGCUGCUUGGAUGGACGGUCUUGUUGGACAACUUUAAUAAGUGCCUUCAGAAUAUUAUUAGAAUCAGAUGAAGACAGACUUCUUGUUGUGUUUAACAGAGGAUUGAUUCUGAUGACUGAGUCCUUUAACACAUUGCACAUGAUGUACCACGAGGCUACAGCUUGCCACGUGACUGGAGACCUGGUAGAACUUCUGUCUAUAUUCCUUUCAGUUCUUAAAUCAACACGUCCAUAUCUUCAAAGAAAAGAUGUGAAGCAAGCUCUCAUUCAGUGGCAGGAGCGAAUUGAAUUUGCCCAUAAGCUUUUAACUCUGCUAAAUUCCUAUAGUCCUCCAGAACUUAGAAAUGCUUGUAUUGAUGUCCUCAAGGAGCUUGUACUUUUAAGUCCUCAUGAUUUCCUACAUACUCUGGUUCCAUUUCUACAGCACAAUCAUUGUACAUACCACCACAGUAAUAUCCCAAUGUCUCUAGGACCUUAUUUUCCAUGUCGUGAAAAUUUGAAAUUAAUAGGGGGAAAAAGCAAUAUUCGUCCUCCACGUCCUGAACUUAAUAUGUGCCUCUUGCCUACAAUGGUGGAAGCCAGCAAGGUACAGUGGUCGCAAGGACACACUGGGUGCAGGCACAGCCCCAGUGGACACUGCUAUUCAGAAAGAAUCCAAUCUCCUGCACAUGGGGCCUAUGUGCACGUAGAUGGGAAUCUGUGUGGGCAACACAUUUCGAAGAAGCACGGUUACUGUAGGGGCAAAGAUGAUGUUUAUGAUCGUAUGCUGCUAGACUACUUCUUUUCUUAUCAUCAGUUCAUUCAUCUACUAUGCCGAGUUGCAAUCAACUGUGAAAAGUUUACUGAAACAUUAGUUAAAAUGAGUGUCCUAGUUGCAUAUGAAGGUUUACCACUUCAUCUUGCGUUAUUUCCCAAACUUUGGACUGAGCUUUGUCAGACUCAGUCUGCAAUGUCAAAGAACUGUGUAAAGCUCCUCUGUGAAGAUCCGGUUUUUGCAGAAUAUAUAAAAUGUAUUCUAAUGGAUGAAAGGACCUUUCUUAACAACAACAUUGUAUACACCUUUCUGACCCAUUUUCUUUUAAAGGUCCAGGGGCAGGUGUUUUCUGAAGCAAACUGUGCCAACUUAAUCAAUACUCUAAUUACGAAUCUAAUAAACCAAUAUCAAAGCCUAGAAUCUGACUUCAGCAACCAGAGAGUUGAAAUCUCCAAAGCAAGCUCUACUUUAAAUGGGGACCUCCGAGCACUUGCCUUGCUGCUUUCAGUGCACACUCCCAAACAGCUCAAUUCAGCCCUGAUUCCAACUCUACAAGAGCUUUUAAACAAAUGUAGAGCGUGUCAACAACAAAGGAACUCAUUACAAGAGCAAGAAGCCAAAGAAAGAAAAACUAAAGACGAUGAAGGAGCUACUCCUGUAAAAAGAAGACGGGUCAGCAGUGAUGAGGAGCACACUGUAGAUAGCUGUAUCAGUGAUAUAAAAACUGAACCCCAGGAGGCACUGACCCCAACAAGCACUUCAGAUAACGAGACACGGGACUCUUCGAUCAUCGAUCCAGGCACUGAACAAGAUCCUCCUUCCCCUGAAAACAGUUCUGUCAAAGAGUACAGAAUGGAAGUUCCAUCUUCGUUUUCAGAAGACAUAAUGCUAGCAACGAGGUCGCAACACACAGAAGAGCAGUCAGGAAAUGGUAAAUUUGAAGAAUGCAAAGAAUUUAAAGACCUGCAGACUUCCAAGGAUUCCAUUGUAGCUGAGGAGGACUCAGAUUUUCCUUCCACAUCGAUUUCAGCGGUUUUAUCUGACCUUGCAGAUUUGAGAAGCUGUGAUGGUCAAGCCUUACCAUCCCAGGACCCUGAAACUAGUUUAUCAAUCAGUUGUGGCCAUUCCAGAGGACUUUUCAGUCAUAUGCAGCAGCAUGACAUUUUAGACAUCCUGUGUAGGACCAUUGAGUCUACGAUUCAUGUGGUCACAAGGAUAUCUGGAAAAGGAAACCAAGCUGCUUCUUGACAUUAGAUGGAGCAUGUCUGCUUUUAAGUCUUUUUUUCCCCCCCCCAAAAAAUGCUGUUUGUAUAAGUUUUGCUUAUUUCUGUUUUGUGCUUCAGUUUGUCCAGUGUUCUCUGCUUGAAUGGCAAGAUAGAUUUAUAUGCUUAAUUCUUGGUCAGGCAGAACUCCAGAUUUUUAUUUUAUUUUUUUGCAUCUACCGUACACUUUCUUAAAGGGCAAUCAGAUAAUGGAUAUGUUUUAUGUAAUUAAGAGUUCACUGUAGUGGCUUUCAUUUAAUAUGGCUGUCUGGGAGAACAGGGCCUCCUUGCCCUGUAUGAUGUAAUUUAAACUUAUGGCAUUUUUACUGUGUAUAAUAUGGUGUCCUCUGUGCCAGUUUUGUACCUUAUAAUAGAGGCAGAUUGCCUCAGAUCGCUGUGGUUCUUAUUAUCAAAAUUAAGUUUACUUGUAUACUAAACAACCACAAGAAAUUUGAUUCUGUAAAGAAUCCUCUUUAGCUGUGGCCUGGCAGUAUAUAUAUGGUGCUUUAUUUAACAGAAUACCUGUGGAGGAAAUAAAGCACACUUGAUGUAAAGUUAAUUGUUUUAUUUUUAUUGACAUGAUCAAUUGCUAUUCUGUGCACUUCAUUAAACUGAUUGUGAUGACUUUUCAUUUGUUUAUAUAUGUUGCUUCAGUCUUUGGAUUUCUCAUCAAAGACAACUUGAAAACUGAAACAGGUGCAGAAAGAAAUGAUGCUCAAUUGUAUAUAAUUUAUGUAAAUCUUGGUCCUUUUUUGGUUUACUGUGCAUGCAUGUUCAGUCACACAGUUGAGAGGGAUUGGUUGUUUUUUACUAUUUCUUCAGCACUUAAUAACAAAGUGGUGGAAGAAACCAGUAGAACUUUUCAUGUCUUCCUUUAAUUUUAACCCUUGUUAGACUAUUCUCCCCUUUUUUCCUAUGCUGUCAUCUUCCUUUGACUUUCCUCUACCUGUGCUGCCUCUGGGGCCCACUCCCUCUGGCCAUGCUCCUACACUUUCUUGACACCGUCUCUGCCUCCUUAAAUGCUGGGCUGACUUUAUCAUCUCUUCUUGUCACCUUUCCUCAUGUUAUUUCUGAGCAAUAUCCAUUUUGUAGUUACCUCUCAGAUUGUCGAUGAUUUUGAUUUUAACCUGAUUAAACAAUUUUCAGCUUCAUUUUCCAGUAUCUAAGUUCAUUUGGGGUUUUAUUCUCUUUAUGACAUCUUUCUCUUUUGAAUUUCUUCAUUCUGUCCACCAUAUAAUGUAGUUUAGCAUCAUCUACUUGUCCAUGAUUCUAUUGUGUGGUGCUUUUAUGACUUCUCUUACUCUCUUUGAAUUUAUUCUUUCUUCUUUUAACCUUCUGUAUUUUUUUUAACCUUCCAUAGUCAUUUCUGUCUUCAGUUUAUGCUUUAUAUUCCCCUUUAUUAGCACUUUUAUUCCUGCAUUUACAACCAUUGUAUUAAUGUUGGUGAGGUCUUAAGUUGGUCUCAUCAUUAUUCAAACAUUAAUUAUGUUUUUACUCUCCUUAGGAAUAACCUUAUUACCUUCUCUGAUCAACUUCUCCAUAGAUUGCAAUGUCAGAGAAAUCCUCAACAGUUUCUAGUCAGAACUUCUACAUAAUGACAUCAGAAUUCAUCUAUCAAGUCUACCAUGCCUCAGAAUUUGUGGUUAAGAAGUUUGGGAUCACACCUUAAUUUAAGAGCUUCAAGAAAUCAAAUCAUCCCUUUGGUGAGUAGUCUCUGUAAUUAAUUACUCUUAUUAAAAAUGUGCAUCUGAAUUUUGUUAAUGUUGUUAGACUUCAGCUCUGGCUAUGGCAUUUUGUCAGGCUUUGGCUUCUCAUACAGGAUGAGAUCAUACCGUAAUUGUCACUGAAGAGUGGGAUUCUGUCUUGCGAGGGUUGUUUUUCCUGAUACUUCGAACGCCCUUUUUGAACCAAAUAUAGACAUUUCAGCAAUCAUUUCAUAUAUGUGAUACAAGUAAUAGCAUAGUUCUGCCCCUUCUGUGUGCAGCUCUGACCAGCUGAAGACUGCAAUGACUAGGUCCUUUUAAGUUAUUUUCAAGAUGUUUUCCCCUACAUAGUUGUGUAUGGGAUUUGCAAAUAUUGUCAGUGGUAACUUUUGUAUUUUAUUAUAAUUUAUUCUCCCAAAGACAUAACUAGCCCUUUAGAAUCCCACUGGAAGUCCAUUUAUUUGAUAAUCAUUUUUCAUUAACAAGGCCUCUUGGAACUUUCAAUUUCAGACUAUGUUUCAGUGAUGCUGUAUUUUGGUUUUGGUAGCUCCUCAAGUAAAUACCUUUAAAUAGUAAAACACACAUCCUACAUAAGUUGUGUUAUGCCAGCAGUUCCCCUUGUAACCCCUUCAAAAACCUAGAUCAUAUUUGUUUGAUGCUUUAUUAAAAAAUGUUGAUUAGCUUUAAUUAGAUGAUGAUUCUAUGAUUCUAAACUGACUGAAUACUAGCUUUUCUAUUAUUUUGCUCAAAAAUUGUGUCAAGAUUACCCUUACGUUUACCUUUCCUUUUUUCCUUUUAAACCGAGUUUUCCUUCAAUUCUAUUGGUAAUUUUUUCCAGUUUUCUUUCAGUUUCCUAAAAAAGAACCCUUAGUUUUGUACAUAGUAUUCCCCUCCUUUUUACUUUAAAUCAUUUUUCUAGUUUAUAUUUCUUUGCCUUCAGUUUCCUGAAACAAAACUAAGUGGUACCUGCACUUGUCUUCUCUUCCAUAUCUGUUUUUCCCCUUUGAAGUUUGCACCCAUUUCAUUCAUCUUCCUCUAUGACCCUUAUUUUACAUGUUAAGUCAUUAUUUCUUGCAUAGUAUUCCCCUCCUUUUACUUUAAAUCAUUUUUCUAGUUUGUAUUUCUUUGCCUUCAAGAACACCAUUGUUUUCACUUGUCUUUAAAAAACCUCCAAGUGUCUUCCUCCCUCUCUUAAAGCUUUUAUUCUCUUCCACGGCUCAUCCCAACUCUGACUUAAUUUGUUACAUAUUUCCUCCUAGAGGUCCUACCUCCCAUUUAACCCCUGCAAAAUUGAGCUUUUAAAAUUGUUUCUCCUUUCAUUGUCCUCACUGUGCAUAGUCUGUUACAGCUAGUGUCUGCCUCCUGGGCUCAAAUUGUGAAGAUCAUUCUCUACACCUAUUUUUUGGCUGUCCUCUUACAACUCUUCCCUUUCACAUUUAAAUUAUUUUUCCUUUUGGCUUUCUCAGAGAUGAGGUUGGUUGUCCAGAAACUUACUAUGUUAUGGAAGUGUUAUAUCGCAAACUAUUUUUUUCUGUUUCUGCUUUGUCUCUUCACGCUGCUUGCUCUGCUUAGAAUGCCUUCUGUGCUCCUGUGCCUUUUUUCAAACACACAAAUUCCAAUACGUUUUGUGAUUGUUUUCCUCAAACUCUCUCCAUCUGUCUCCACUCCUCCACUUUUCACUUUUGUUAUACUGGGAACUCUUAAAACAAACAUUCACUUAUAAAACAAACUAAAUUUAUGCUACUAAACCAUUUGUCAUUGUAUUGUUACCAAAUGAUAAGUAAUUCCUAACUUUGCUCCAUCCAGCUCAAGGACUGAGGAUAAAAAAUAAUUUAAUGUUCUUUGGUUUUAAGUAAACUGUUGGGGAGUUUGUGAGAACAGGGAGUGUUAACACUCCAGAAUAAAUUGUUUUGCCUCUCUAAAAUGGUGAUUGCCCCCUUCAUACCAGGUGUGAUUAAAAGUGCUAGAAAAGUGCCACCUAGUACAAGUAAAACAAACAUAUCUCCGAUUUUUCUAAAUCCCAAUAUAACUGAAUGCAGAACUUGAACUUUCAGGUCAGCAAUACAACACUAACGUCAGCUAAGUUCCAGCACCUACAAUGAAGAUGGGCAGGGUGCAGGAAUGCUGGUGAAGCAAAAACAAGAAGACGUCCUUUUUUUGCCUGUAAGGACAGUCAAACAGAACUCCUCCUGGCUGUGAAAGCAGAGGAACUCAUUGCCCAGUUCUUCUGCUGGGCCAGCCUACAGGGAUGAAGAGGUAGGUAUUUCAUGUCUUUAAUUUAAGAAAGCUUAUACGUAUUAUCAAACUUACAGCUGUGCAGGCCUGAGGGAACAAGAAGGAUGCUAACCACAGGUCGUCUCGAGUUCACUACACCUUGCAUUAAAGAGGAACGCAGAGCUGGCUGGGGCUGUUCCUCCUCGCACAGCCUCAGACCUCCCGGUGGCAGCAGCAGUUUCCUGGGGUUUUUGGCUGUCCCACAUCUGGAAGUGAGUGGUGCAACACCCAGGAACACAAGUAAGUCAUUUCUUUUUUUACACUGGUGUUUUGCAAUUGGUCCAGUUGAUAACUCCUGCUAGUGGAAGGAGACGAGAAAAUUCAGGCCAGCAAAUCAUACAAGUGGACACUUAUGACCCUAAAAUGGAAGCUUUUGCUAACUCUGUAGGGAAAAGUGAUAUGAGGCAUAUUUCCAGAAAAGCACUGGGGCUGCAGUACAUACUGUUUGAAGAGACUUGCUAUUAUUUUUGUAUUUUGGAGAACUAAUACUUUGGAUGUAAGUAACUACUCUCAGAUUGUCACAAAAAUUGUUACAAAAUCUCUUAGUCUAUACUUAAUUUAGGGAUCUCAGUUUUAUACCUAGAUUUUCUACUUUUACCUAAAGGUUGCCCCUUCAUCAACGAAUACACUCUAGCUGGAAAUUACUUUUGUAUUCAAAAGAUAAAGCAAAUUUUCUUGAAUAUUUAUGAAAAAAGGUACCUAAACUUUUAGAAAUAGUAGAAAAAAUUAGAAAGAGAGAAGCCUAAUCUACUAAAACAUGGCAUUUUUCAAGAGGUUGUUCUCCACCCUCUAUAUGGACACCUAAAACAAAAGCAAUGCAACGUUUACUAAACAGUCUUUGUACAUCUAUCCUGUUGAUGUUAGGUGUCUGCUCUUGUUAGUACAACAAACCUCACCUAAGUGCAAAGGGGAUAACCAACUGCAAACUUUUAAGGGAAAACCUCUCCUGCUGAAAGAGCACCACAUCAUUAUCUUCUGCAUGAUUUAAGUUUGUAUGAUGAGGUUGUCAUAUGUUGGUGUCCUGUAAAAUAAAAUAUAUGGGACUUAACUCCUAUACAAACUCAUUUAGUUAGACAUAUCAGUUAAUGGAGAAAAUAAACCUGCAUGUAAAACGAUGCAUUUUAUUGAAUCAACCAUGUUUUCCAAAGGCAGCUUGCCCUUUCUUGGUAAAUUUGUUUCAAAUUGCAUACUGAACUCAUUUGAGAAUUAAGUUAUUCUUGCUAACCUCAGUAUGGCUAUAAUUAAGAGUAACAGUUCCUUACUUUCAAUUUCCCAACUACUCACCUGUCAAAUUUAUCUAACAAACAGUUGUUUGCUACAGAAUUGCAAACAGCCAUAAAUUAUUGAAGUGGAAGAUUUACAGAAUUUCAAGAGGAAAAAAAUAAUACUGUUUGUUUCUAACGAAUUAAAUUUCACACUGAGGUCAAGUAAGGCAGUACAGUGCAUGCAGACUUAACAGUGGUAAGCAUCAUACCAACCAGAAUAACAUGGCAUUUUUAAUAAUCUUUCCCUAAAACUGUCUACAGAGUUAGAAACAAAUUCUGUCUGCAGUUAAACCAAUCUCAAAAAGGUAUUUGAAGAGGCCGCAAACUAUAUUCUCCAUAUUUCAGAUCUAAUUUAUCAUCUGUUUUAUAAUCCCUUUCAGUUCACCUCUGAUGAGUAUCCCAUUUCCUAGAGAGACAAUUUGCCACUUAAUACACUGAAUGUUAAAGAACUACAAAUGCUUUCUACUGAUUCGUGUAGCUUACCUACCGCCGAUGGUAGUAUUUUACUGCAGUUGAAUCAUAAUUGACCUCUCAAGUUAAGUUGUAGGUAAGUGCAAAUGAGAUCAAUUUCCCCAAGUAAAUCUGUUUUAUAUACAUGGUCUGACUUAGAGGCCACCUCAUUCACUAAAAAUCCAUAAAUAAUGCUUAAAU